ACCGACAGGGACGAGACCCGGUGGGUGCCCAUAGCGUCGUGCCACCACGCCCGCCGCAGACGCGCAGACCCCAACGCCUUCCCACUCCUCUGAAGUCUGAACUGAUCCUCUCCCACCCCGACGCCGCGGGCGUGAGCCCCGAAAGCACCGCUCGCUCCCACACCCGGCACGAGGACGAGGCCACCCGCCACCCAUCCAGCUCAACUCGCCCUCUCCGUCCCUCGCUACCCCCGUGAGACCCUCCAGGAUCCAACGAAAAAGGCGAAAUCUCCGAACCACACCGCCAUAAUCACGCGGCGCCCCGGGGCAGGGCUCCUUACCUCAAAUGGCCUGGCGGAAGCCAGCGUCUUUUCCCUCGCAUCUCAGUGGGUUCUAGGAUACGCGCCGUGCCGCCCCGCAAUGGCGGCGCCCGACCGUGCCGCGGUGGGGGGCGGGGCUGGGGGCCACCUCCGCGGCCACGCGCACCUCACUAACUGCAUCCACCUGCGUCACCACCACGCGCACGGGGGAGGCGGAGGCGGAGUCGGAGGCGCGUCGUCGUUGGGGCGGAGGCGGAGCCCCACUUCCGUGGCGUCCGCGGCGCUGAUGCGCGACCUCCUCGCGCUGCAGCGCUCGCGAUCGCUCCGCGACCCGUCCACGCGCCGCUCCGUCGAGUCAUCCAGGUCCAGGGUGGCGGCCGACCCCGACGCUGACACAAACGACGACGGAGGCGGCGGCGUCGAUAUCCCCGCCAAGUCCCGGCGCAGCGCCGGCGCCAGCACGACCGGGGCGUUAAAGACGCUCCUCGAUCAGCUCGCCGAGAGCCCCCACCCCCAUCCGAAACCCGGUCGACGCCCGCCCCGCCGCUUCAAACGCCGGGCCGGCCGCCGCGCCGCCACCGCCAGUAAGCCUCCAGAUCGCGCCGACGCGCUCUCCGUUAACUCCAGCUCCCAGGAGGCCGUCUGCGGCAACAAGUACCUGUUCCACGAAGGCGAGGACGAUGGCGACGAGCUGCAGCAGCAGUUGUUGCAGGACUCGCGCAACGUGUGCGGCAUUCCUUGGAACUGGUCGCGCCUGCACCACCGCGGCAAGUCUAUCCUUGACAUGGCAGGCUGCAGCUUCUCGUGCGGUCUCUCUGACUCUAGGUCCACGGCGGGGCGAAAAUCCGAAGCCGCCGCCGCCACCACCACCUCAGGCGGCCGCGUCAAUGCCUCGCGUUCCCUUUUCCCAGUUAAGUCCGAGAGGCUGGCCUCCUCGACCAGCUCGGACUCCGACGCGUUGCCUCUGCUCGUCGACGGGGCCGCCUCUGGUGCGUGCAACCGCAUCGGUGGCACUUCCGGGAGCUACUCCGGAGAGCUCGGGAUUUUCUCAAACCAGACCAGUGAGAUGGACUCCGACUUGUUGUCGGAGGCUCAGUCGGGGCAGAAGCCGCGGGCCUCGCAGCGUGACCAUGGGCGGCACAGAAGCCUGACGCAGAAAUUCGCGCCGAAGACGUUCAAGGAUGUUGUCGGGCAGAGCUUGGUGGUGCAGGCGCUGUCCAACGCCAUCCUGAGGAGGAAGAUUGGCUUGGUGCACGUGUUCUAUGGGCCGCACGGUACAGGCAAGACUUCAUGCGCACGCGUCUUCGCCAAGGCGCUCAACUGCCACUCCCCCGAGCACCCCAGGCCCUGUGACUCGUGCACUUCGUGCAUUGCCCACAAUCUUGGCAAGAGCAGGAGCCUGAUGGAGAUUGGGCCUAUUGGCAACAUCGACAUGGAUGGCAUUGUUGAUGUCCUUGACAAUGUGAUGCUUUCACUGGCACCAUCACACUACAGGGUGUUUAUAUUCGAUGACUGCGAUACAUUGCCAGCCGACACUUGGAGUGUCAUCUCAAAAGUCGUGGAUCGGGCGCCCCGUCGUGUUGUGUUCAUCCUCGUCAGUCCUAACCUCGAACUUCCUCACAUCAUCCUGUCGAGAUGCCAGAAGUUCUAUUUUCCUAAGUUGAGAGAGUGCGACAUUGUUAACAAGUUGCAGUGGAUUUGCACGAGUGAAAGUCUAGACGUUGAUAAGGAUGUGCUGAAGCUAAUUGCAUCCCGUUCCGAUGGAUCUUUGAGGGAUGCUGAGAUGACUCUUGAUCAGCUGAGUUUACUGGGGCAGAGGAUUUCCUUGUCUCUUGUCCAAGAACUGGUUGGUCUGGUGUCUGAUGAUAAACUUGUUGAUUUGCUUGAUUUGGCACUAUCUGCCGACACUGUAAACACAGUUAAGACACUACGAGAUGUUACAGAAACUGGAGUCGAUCCUUUAGCACUGAUGUCUCAACUUGCAACGAUAAUUACUGACAUUCUUGCCGGUUCCUAUACAUUUACGCGAGAAAGACUACGAAGGAAGUUCUUCAAACGUCCUACAUUGUCAAAAGAUGACAUGGAAAAACUACGCCAGGCUUUGAAAACACUAACUGAAGCUGAAAAGCAAUUGAGGGUCUCUAACGACAAGACAACCUGGCUAACUGCUGCUCUGCUUCAGCUUGCUCCUGAUAAACAGUAUCUGUUGCCAAGUUCAUCAACAAGUACGAGUUUCAACCAUGGUGUGUUGGUUGGUUCCUUUCCUGAUAGGGAUAUAGCAAGGAACUUAGCAAUUGAGCAUAAUGGUAACGUGGCAGGCACUUCUUAUGGGGAAAGGAGACCUGUUGAACACACAGAAAAUAGCCAUGUGUUGUCAACCAGUGCUUUCAGAGCAAAUGAUGUAUCUAAACAUAGGAAAACCAAAAAUGAAAUUAUUUGGCAAACUGUGCUUGAGAGUAUUCAGCCAGACACAUUGAGAAGAAUGAUGGCUAAAGAGGGAAGGCUAAGCUCUGUCAGCCUAGGCACAGCACCAACAGUGCAACUAAUAUUCAGCUCACGUGUCAAUAAGUCCAAAGCUGAAAACUACAGAGGACAGAUUCUGCAGGCAUUUGAGUCUGUUCUUCGUUCUGCUAUAAUACUUGAAAUCCGAUAUGAAUCAAAGAAUGAUGCGAGAUCAGGUCAUGCUCCAUCGAUGUUUCCUUACCCUGAGAAUGACUGUUCCAACAUGACAUUAAGGAGGUCCUUCAGUAAACAUAGUCCGCUCUCAUCUGGAGGUGAGAAUCUAAUUAGGAGGCUUAAAAAGGACAGUGUUGUGAAGAGAGCUAGCUCUAGUAAGACUAGAUGGAUGCAAUCUGAUCCCCACAUAUUAACGGAAGGUGAAAUCAUUGAAGUUGGGCCUUCUCACAUGCAUGGGCAUGCUCAAACAAAGAAUGGUGCUCUUGACAUAAAUGAAAGAAGAACGGAGAAUGUAUGGGAAGAAGCUUUGUCAUCACCAAACCAAGGGAGCACGGUUAAUCUAAGAGGAAGAAAUGGGAAUAGACAGCGCCGACAGAACAGCUUAGUAAAAGGGAAGGUAUCUCUUGCUCAUGUUAUUGGGAGGGCAGAAGCUUGUUCUCAACGAGGAGGCUGGUCUAAACGAAAAGCUAUCUCAAUUGCUGAAAAGCUAGAGCAAGAGAAUUUGAGAUUGGAGCCUAGAUCAAGUAGUCUACUUUGUUGGAGAACUUCAAGAACUCGACGGAAGCUCUCUUCAAUUAAGGUCAAGAAUCGAAGGUCGCGAGCUGUAUCAAGGCUUAUCUUGUGUGGAAGAUGCAUUUCCACAAAGUCUCCGAGAUAGAAGACAUUAUUCAACCGUAGGUUUUACAAGCUGUUAACUAAGCGUUCAUAAUUUAUUCAGUCUGUACCUUGCUGUAGCCGUGUCAGUUUGUAGGUCCCCCCCCCCCCCUCUAUUCUGUAUAUUGCUUGACAUGUAAAAGAGCCAUGAUAGAAAUGUAGCAAAUUCUUUUGCCAAAAUGCUUUGUAAUUUUUUUGAAGGCCAACCAAAAUAAAACCUGCAUUUGGAAGCUUCUCUAAUAAAGGUCUUGGUCUCCAUGCUCCAUAGUCCAUACUGCUUAGUCGCACGGUUGGGCUGCAUUCGCCGUUCAAUUACAGCGCAGUUAUAUGCUGUGCCAUUUACCUCUUCAUCUUUAUCUUUAUAAGUUG